UCCUUGAAUACCUGGAUUUUCUUCAAAAACUGGUCCUGUGUGUGACUAUAUACCUUCCUAGACUUUUUGGGUUAUUAGGGAUAAAGUGCAUUUGGCUUGCUAUUGGUAGACUAGAACAGGAGGUAAAAGACAUGAACAUUUUGAGGCUUGGGUGGGUCCUUAUCUUUUUUUUUUUUUUUUUUUUAAAUCCUCAGCGUCCCUUCCAGCUGUUUUCUGCUGCCAGUUUCAAAUGGCCCAAGAAGGAUGGAAUAGUAAAGAUCCCAUAUCUUUUCUCCAGCAAAUAUGAUCAGCCCAGCCGAGAAGUCAUUCUGGAGGCUUUUGCUGACUUUGAGCACUUCACUUGUGUUAAGUUUGUUCCUCGGACAAACCAGAAGGACUUUGUUUCCAUCAUUCCCAUGUCUGGGUGCUUCUCCAGCGUGGGACACAGUGGCGGGAUGCAGGUGGCCUCUCUGGCCCCCUUCUGCCUCCAGAAGGGUAAAGGUAUCGUGCUGCAUGAGCUCAUGCAUGUGCUGGGAUUCUGGCAUGAGCAUUCCCGCGCCGAUCGGGACCGUUACAUCCACAUCUCCUGGAAAGAGAUCCGGCCAGGCUUCGAAAUCAACUUCAUCAAAUCCCAGAACAGCAACAUGCUUGUGCCUUAUGACUACACAUCAGUGAUGCACUAUGGGCGAUAUGCUUUUAGCAAGAGCGGUAACACUACCAUCCUGCCACUGGCUGGACCGGACAUUCCCAUUGGUCAGCGGUGGAACCUAAGCACUUCAGACAUCGUUCGGAUCAAUAGGCUUUAUGAAUGCAGCCAGACCGUGAAAGAUUCAGGUAAGAAAGAGGAACCAUAGGGAGAGAGGCAACAUAAAUAGGUGGCUGGCCCCUAAGCUUACAAAGAAAAGAUGAGUCACUCAUCACUCUAUAAGAAAAAGGAAAAGUCAGGAGAAAUGGGUUGGAGGAUGGAGCCAGAAUGAGAAGGGGUAUCCUUUAGGAAGCCAUCUAGACCAAUAGAUCUAAUACAGGGAUCCCUUCUCCAGAUCCUGGGAAGGUAGUUUCUGGUUGAAUACUUAGGGUGAUGAGAUGUUCCCUUCCUGAGAAGACAGCCCAUUUUAUUGUUAAUGUAGGUAAUAUUUAAAAAUUUCUUCUAAAUUCUACCUCCCUUCAACA